UCAUUAAUUUUAAAAUCUCAGUAUCGAUAGUGUGCAGCUAUUUUUACUGUUUCGUGCUUACAAACAUGGCCUUAGUUCAGGACAAGAGCGAACAGUUCCGAAUUCGAGGAGCCCGAAGAUACGAUCCACAGUACACCCACAUCUAUCAUGAGCGUCUGGCGACGCUGCGACCUCGCUUGACGGCCGUUUCAGAAGAAAAAUGGGGUGCAGCUUAUAGAGUUUGUACAACAGACGAUCUGGUGGAGAACGAAACAGUCUGCCUGAUCGGAACUCUGUACAAGGAAAUGGAACGAAAGCCCAAUAUUCUACGUCAAAUGCGCCGUGACGCUGACAUACCGCCAGAGCCUAUCCCAUCUCGAUAUACCAGUGACACCGAUACCCUGUUCCUGGAAAGAUGA